AUGUCUACACAUACACGAGAUUAUGAAAAGAAAUCACAACAAACUGCUUCUUUAACAACUACCAAUAACAAUGAUAUGUACGCUGUGUUGCGAGAUGAAAAAAAUAAUAUUCUUCAUAUUGUACCACGUACCGAAAUUAUUUCAGCGAAGAAGUCUGGAAAGGUAGAUGUUGGCGAUACUGCAUCACAUGGCGUGCGUGAUAAACGUAUCCGAGGCACAAUAGUGUUGCUCGAUCAAUGUUUACAAUCUGUUCAAAUUAUUGAACGAACAAAAAAAAGCUCAACACAGAUAAAUAAUAACAAGUCAACGCCUGAUAUUGUUGAUUGUUAUGAAGAUCAAGUCGAGAUUGAAGAUCAGCAGAUAGAAGAAAGUAGUUUUGAAGAACCAGAUACUGAUGAAGAUGAAGAAGCUACAGAAUUAAAGAAGAAAAAAAGUGAAUUUUUAUCUAAUGAAAAAAAAAGAAAGGAGAACAAAUCUGUCACGAACAGUGUUUCUCCUUUGUCGGUCUUAAAAAAUAUCUCACAAAAUGAAUCGUCAUAUUUAAAUACAGAAUCAUCAAUUGUUGUUAAACGAAAAACAUCACCAAAUGAGCUGUCUUCGUCUCUUUUAUCAAGCCAGAAGCGUGCAAAAGGUGUCGGAUAUGUACCAAUGCGGGAUCAUGCAAAGAUAGUUGCUCAAUUAGCAACAGUAACCGAUGAAAAUUUACUAUAUCAAACCACGUGGAUGCCUAGACCAGUUGAUAAAUCAACGAUGCAAUAUUUUAUUCAUAUUGGGAAGGUUCUAGCUAAUGAUUUCGGCAUUUCUAUGAAUGAUUCAAAUGAAAUGGUUAACAAAGAAGAAAUAUUGGAUGUCAUUUGUGCAGCACUUGAAAUGUCAGAGGCUGAAUUAGCUGCUCGUAUUGGACAAGGUCUUCUAUCGACUGCUCGUCAAGUUAUUUCUGCUAAGUAUCCCGAUGAAAUGACAACUUUUGCGGAGGUCAAGAAAGAACACAUUCAAGCUGUUGCAGGUGAAAUAUCAGAUGUCAUUGAUGAUGAUAUUGAGAUUGAUGCACAUUUCAGUACACGUGUUGAAAUUAAUGCAACAGACAUUGCGAGUUCACUUGUUCUACUGAAGAAGAAACAUCGUCUAUCGACCGAUUGUAUUAAAGACAUCAUACGUCUUUUAAAAAUUCUUGAUGUAGCCAAUACACCUUCCAGCUGGUAUAAAGUCAAAAAACUUCUUAGUGAAUCCAAGUCAGUUUCUACAAAACACUUGAUCUGUCCUGGUUGUAAUCAAAUAACAAUAAGCAAAGAGCAAUGUACCAAUUGUUCAAUUAAACAUAGUAUACAACUUCAGUCAUUUCGUUCUUUUUCCAUCACAGAUCAGCUACAAAGUAUACUUAUCAAUAAUCGAAAUAUUGAUUUAUUCUAUAAAAAUAAAGAAUUAUUCAUGUGUGAUAUUCGUGAUGGUGCCAUUUAUGAAUCUAUUCGUGCUGAUAAUCCGGGCGAAAUUUUGUCAUUAACGAUCAACAUUGAUGGUGUGCAACCUUCUAAAGGUUCUCAAACAACUAUUUGGCCAAUUCUUUUAGUUAUUAAUGAAAUUCCUCCGAAUUUACGAUUCAAGCUGGAAAAUGUUGUACUUGCCGCCGUUUGGCCUGGGCCUUCAAAGCCAUCACGUGAUGAGGUUAGGUUAUUAUUUCGUCCUGUCAUCGAUGAACUCAUCCAUCUUGAGAGUGGUCAUCCAUUUCAUCUUUCGGAUGGCAAUAUACAUAUCUUGCACGUUUAUCUCAUAGGUGCCUGUUGUGAUAAGCCUGCGCAAGCACUUUCACAAUGUAUUUCAGAACCAACUGCUGCCUUUGGUUGUGGUCGUUGUGAAGUGGAGGGUAAUUUUAUUUCUGUAAUGCAUAUUGAAGUCAAAAUUUCUGCAAGAGAUAUGAUGAAUUUGAAACCGGGACAGUCAAUUGGGUUUGAGUUAUAA